GGCAGAAAGCCCAGCCAGCAGCCAAACGAAGCCUCAUCAAUAAGGGACAGCAGCGGGACAUGGCACUGGGAAUAAGGGACUGUCUCGCCAAAUAAGUGACGCUUGACAGCUAUGGCUGAGUGGAUCAGGUUGCAGCAGCAGCUGCCACUGUCCUUCAGACAAAACAACUUCGGGGUAAAUGUUGGUGGUGCUCUUCUGUCUUCACGCACCUACUUCUCACUCCCUUCACAUUCUUCUGCCAUCCUGCAGCCGCCUCUCAGCUCAACAAAGCCACACACUCUUGAUCCGUCAUGGCCUCAGCACCACCAUCCACGAACAUAGAAGAGGAAGUAUUGUGCCCCAUCUGCAAGGACCUCCUGACAGACCCCGUGACCUUGAACUGUGGCCACAACUUCUGCCUAGGCUGCAUCACCAAGCACUGUGAGGUACGGGAUGAAAUUGACAUGGGGGACUGCAAGUGUCCCGCCUGCAUGGACAAGAUCCGGAACAGGAAUUUCUGCCCCAAUUGGCAGCUGGCAAAUGUAGUAGAAAGAAUCAAACUCCAGAGAAAGGAACUAUGUGAGAAGCACAAAGAAAAUCUCCACCUGUUCUGCAAACAAGAUGAAGAAUUGGUGUGUUUGGUUUGUGAGCGAUGCCCAGAACAUAAAUCACACACUGUGGUCAUCAAGGAAGAGGCUGCCCAGGAAUACAAGACACUCAUCUGUGGUCACCUGGAGCAUCUGAGGAAAGAGAGAGAGAAAAUUCAGACUUAUAAAGCAACCAUCGGAAAGGAAAGCGAUAAACUGCUUAAAUCAACAGAAACUGAGAGGCAAAAGACCAUGCAGAAGUUCAGAAAACUGCACCAGUUUCUGGAAGAACAAGAAAAGCGUCUGCUGAAUGAAAUAGAAGAGAUGGAGAAGGAGAUCACAAGAAGAAGGGAGGAGCACCUGGCUAGACUCUCAGCGGAACUCUCCUCUCUUGAAAGGAGCAUCCGGGAGAUGGAGGAGAAGAGUCAGCAGCCAGCGAGUGAACUCCUGCAGGAUAUUAGAAGAACUUUGCAGAGGUGUGCGCAGAGGGAGACAACUGAAAAUCCACUGACUUUCCCACUAGAAUUGAAGAGGAAAUUCUCAACAUUCAGGGCUGCAAAUCCCAUUCUAUAUGUUGAGAUGGAGAAAAUAAAAGAUGCUCUGUUACCCAGAUUGCUUAAGAAAGCAAAUGUUACUCUGGAUCCAGACACAGCCCAUCCUGAACUCAUCCUGUCCGAGGAUCGGAAAAGCUUGAGAAGGGGAGACAAAGAGCAAGACCUGCCCGACAAUCCUGAGAGAUUCAAUAACCAGCCUUGUGUGUUAGGAUGUGAGGGAUUCACAGCAGGCAGACAUUUCUGGGAAGUCAAUGUGGGAAGUGAGGAAUGGUGGGCUGUGGGGGUCGCCAGGAAGUCUGUGGAGAGAAAGUGCUCCUUCUCCUUAAGGCCUGAGAGAGGCAUCUGGGCUGUGGGGAAGUGGAAUGGUGAAUACAAGGCCUGCACCUCUUAUUCCUCUCCUCUGUCCCUGAGUGAGGAGCCCAGGAAGAUCCGGGUGACUCUGGACUAUGAAGAGGGAUAUGUGUCUCUUUCUGACGCUGACUCAGGGGCUGAACUCCACACGUUCUCAGGAGCCUCGUUCUUUGGGGAGACCCUCCUCCCUUUCUUUUGUCUGUGGGGAUAUGCAACCCACCUCAGGAUCUCCUGCUAGGAGCAGAAUUGACACCUUUGCAGGUGCCCUGUGAGAGGAGUCAUUCCAGUCACACUUGGAGGAAACGACAAAACAAAAUCUGGGAUUUUCUUUUCCCUCCGCUUUCCCAGAAUUCCCUCUGCAGUGGAGUCCUUAAAGAGAGGGAAACACUUUAACCGUCUCAAUAAACAAUCUAUUUCUCCAAAGAAUUCACUUGCCACCCCCUGCGAUCCUGGUUCUGUUGUUCACCUUCCUCUCAUGACAGGACCUCCACCAGCUGUUAAAAUGCCCACAUUGAUUAAUAGAUCACUGGAGAACAAUCCCUCCAGGCACCUUUUGCAACUACAGCUUGUGCAUCUCAGGCAGGCAGGAAGGAAAUAAGAAGACUGUCUGUGAGGCCCCAACUUCCAACCCUUUGCAAAUGCAGCCUCCCCAUCUCCACACUCCCCCAGAGAGAAAUUUCACUGAAUCCAGAGUUGAUGGGAGUUGUAGUCUAGUCCAGCCACUUGGCCAAGUCUGCCCUUUAUAAUCCACAUGGUGUCGUCCCUUUGGCCCCCACCCUGGAUGUGAGAUGCUACCCCAAAGAGGGUCUUUUCAGUAUCUGUGGAAUGCCGUCCCACCAGAUCACACUUCCCCACACAGCAAGAGGUCUCUCCAAGCCCCACAUGUGCAGCACCCGUCCAACAAUAAGGGGGAGAGUUAAGUGUUCAGGGUAGUGGAGAUGUCUCCAAGCCUCUUAAGUCUUUCUGCCUAGCAAAGGGAGGAAACAGUUCCCAGGGGUAGCAGGAGGGCUCUCUCAGCCCCUCUAGCGCAGCAGCUAGCAUUCUUGUUCUCUCUUUGGUGGCUAUUGAGGUGCUUCAGAGAAGGGAGAAGGCACCCCUUCACCUUCCUCCCUGCCCCCUCUCUCCAGAUCCACAUAAGUCCAACAACCAGGGAGGGAGGGAGUUCAGCAGACCAAAGGCCCAGUCUCCCCAGUGCUAGUGCCCUUUUACUGUGUCAGGAACAUGCUGCAGAAUACACCAGCCUGGAGGGACCCUUGACACAGCAAGGGAAGGAAAUCUGCACCUCGGUCCUUUUCCUAAUUAGGGACUGUGGGGUUUCAUUCCUCCAAUGAAGACCACGCUGGGUGCAGUUCUCCAGGGGACCACUUGAUGUCAGCGUUCCACCAUGAGCAAGGCUGUUGUUAUAGUAUCCACCAGAGCUUUCCAAACUUUUCACCUUGCUGACAUACUUUUUAGACAUGCGUCCUUUUGCAACACAGUAAUUCAGUUUUACUAGGUUAAACCAGGGGUCCUCAAACUACGGGCCACGGGCCACAUCUGGCCCACCAGUGUCCUGAACCCGGCCCACCCCCAGGCCACACUGCCUCUAAGCCCAAAUCCUCUGUGGGCUGGGCGUGCACCUCUCUGCCCUGCCCACCUCACAGGGCUGUUGUGGGAUGCAAAGGCGAGCAAGUUCCACAGGAGCAGGGUGGGAGGGCCAUGCCAGCUGCUCCUUUCCUCCAGCCCCGCCCCCUCUGCUAGCCCCGCCCUUCCCCGCACAGGUACGUCUGCUGGGCGCAAUACCCUGCACGGAGGCUGUUCAGGCUUGCCGUGGGGGCGCAGAUAGGAGCCGAGCCGAGCAGCGCAGCACCGCCUUGCCCAGUGGGCCAGCCGCCUGCUGCUGCUGCUGCUGCUUCCCUCUGCGGCAUCAUGGCCAGCCGGGCCCAGGGUCGUCAUGCCGGCACUGGGUAUGCAGAGCUGCUCAUUUUGCUCCUCCUUUUGGCGCUGGUGGCUUCCUAAAGGUGCCUGCUUUGGCAUAACCUCUGCAGCAUUCAGUGGUGCCUACUCCUGUGCAAAGGGCUCCAAGCACACUGGCAUUCGUGCAGUUAAGUUAGUGAGCUUUGUGAGCUUAGUCAGGUUUCCCGCCCCAAAGGCUGUAAUUCCCUGUGUGCUUACCUGGGAGUAAGCCUUAUUGAAUUCAGUGGGACUUACCUCUGAGCAGGCAUGCAUAUGAUUGUAUGGACACAUUAGGGAAGAAAGCCUCAGAAGUAACUGCACUGCUUUCAGUGGAUUUACUCCCUGGUAGGGAUGGCUGAAUCCGUCCAUUUUGGUGUCUUGUUUUUGCAAUCUUACUUUCAGUUCUCCACAUUUCCACAUUAGUGUUCUUUUAAUAUGUUUUUCAAGAAAAGGUACUCUUGAAAAUUUGUCACCAUUUUAGUCUGUGUUUCUCCUAAAAUGCACUUUUUUUGUAUGUUGUUUUUCCUAAUACAUCUUUGCGAAGCAAUUAGCUGCAAUAGUAUGCAUAAGGUACUUUCACCAAUAUGCAAGUUUCGGAGUCACCUUCAAAGGUAGAGAAGCAGGACUGUUUAUUUCCACUGCUGGGAAUAUUUGUAUUGUAUUGUUUUUCCUGAUUUUUGUGCACUACAAAU